AUGAAGGCAUUCACCACCUUGGCAACACUUAUUGCCAGCGCUCAUGCUCUUGUGGGCCGUGAUCAAACCUGCUGCUUCCAUCUUACUGCCUCUGGCGGUGCCUCUGGCGGUGCCUCUGGUGAGGUCGGCCAGUUGAGCGACGGACAAAACCGUAUCGGUGAUAAAAGCCUGUCUCCCGCGGAGUUCUGCAUCAGUUCCGAUGGUUCCAUCACCGAUAGCAGUUCCCGUGGCUGUAUUCUAACUCCGCCGACUACACAGUUUCAGUGUGACACGGGAGCCACUCCAACCCCGGGCUUUUCUAUUAGUUCGUCUGGCUUGUUGGAGUUUGGUGGCAGCACUCAGUUCUUCUCCUGCGAGACUGGCGACAAUGGCGGUAUGAACAUUUAUACUAUGACAACUUCUGCCCAGAGUGGUUGUUCAGUCAUCGAGUUAGAGGCGGACUCUUGCUCCAGCUCCAACUCUGCUUCGGCAUCUUCAUCUGCUUCGUCAACUUCGUCUGCUAGUGGCAGCUGCAGCACCAGUCUGUCGGGCGCUUUUGAAUAUCCUCACUUGAUCGUACCUAUUAACUCUCAAUCUCCCAACCAAGCCCACGGUACCUCAUUCAACGGCGAAGUAACCUCGACCAUCUCAAGUAUCUUCAACUUCGAUAUUCCACAAUCCGACUCUGGUAAGACCUGUACCCUGGUCUUUUUAUUCCCCAACAAGGCCGACCUUGAGACUUCGGACUACACCUUCAGUGGUGACGGCAGAAUUGAUGUUGCUCAGCUCUCAGAGGCUGCUUCAUCACUGACUACAUUUAACAAUGCCCCUUCGGUUUCUAAAGACCUUGGUGAUAUCACAGUCUCACCUGGCAACUCAUAUGUUAUCAGUAGUUUCUCGUGCCCCGCCGGCGAGACUGUUGCAUUUGAGUUGAAGAACGCUGGAAGUACUGAUCUGACGUUCUUCCAAGAUUUCAACCCCUCCCCGUAA